AUGAGUGAUGACCAAAAUGACGCUGCUGAUAAUGGCGGCAAGGGAUUGGUCACAAUUACAUCUGAAGAUAUGCAAGCACUAAGCACUAGUGGUACAAAUGUAAUUAUUUCACCGGAUAGUCCCAAAAAGGGCCACCUUUACAUAUUAAAUACGACUGUUGCAACGAACGGAGAAAUGCAAAUUCAACGCACUUUGGUUGAAAAGGGAGAGAAAAACGAUUUGGAUGAUUCGAGCGAGGCCACCGAUCCCCAAGCCCUUGAAGGUAGUGAGGAUUCAAAGGGUCAUCUGGAAGAUGAGAAUGGACAGCUGAAAACAAUCAAGGAACAUAAAAAUGAAGUCCAGGAAUCUCAGCCACAGGACAUGCCCUCGGAAUCUAAACAUGAAAAUGAGCAAAUUAACUCAGACGAGGAGCACAAGGUUGAUGUCAAAGAACAUAUUGAUGAAGAGGAAACAGAUGUGCAUGAAUCUAGUCCCCAGGUAGCUACGAACGAACACCAAGAAGUAACUGAAGAGCUUGAAACCGAAGAUGUAAAGUCUUCUCCUAAAGAAGAAGGACAGUCAAAAUUGAAUGAACCCGAACCUGUAAAGGAAGACGCAAGUGAACCAACUGAAAUCGCAGAUGCAUCAGUGGCAGAGUCUGAAGAAUUAAAGGAGGAGGUCAAGGUGGAAGAUAAGAAAAAGAAACCAAAGCGAACUAUGACCCUUCCAGCUCCUGGUAGUUUAAAGCUUCCAUGGCAAAAGAAGCACGUGGAAGACGAUUCAGCAAUCUCUAAGCCAUUAAAAUCCUCUAAGGAACAAAGUGAAUCUGAAACUUCUGCAGAGAAUGCAAAUACAUCAAACAAAUCCUCGGUGAUAACCGUUUCCCCCUUUUCUGGAGUUAUGAAAAACAUCAAGAAGAGCUUCAAAAUUAAGGUGGGAGGAACUAAUAAAGGUGGAGAUGAAUCAGCACCUGGAAGAAUUCAACAAAAAUCUGGAGCUAAACCUUCACUGAGGAUUGUUUCUAGUCUUAAUAUGUCGCCGGCUCCUCAACCCGAGAUGUCAUCUGAACCAGAUUCACCCACGACUCGAAGACGAAAAGAAAUUGAAGAGAUUCUGAGUGCCAUGCCACCUUCACCAUCACCUUCUCUGGAAAAUAUCAAGGGGUCUGCUGAUUCUAGUGCUCAUACGCACAUUUAUGACAAUCUUCCUCAAAAUGUAGAUGACAAUGAGAGGAAUGCUCACACUCCAUCUGAGGAAGAAAUUCAUCCUUCAGUUGCUAAUAAACAGGUAUUGACAAAAGUUGCACAAUCGAUUAUGGAGCCCAGGGCUGUCAGCAUGUUGGAAUCUAUGCAUCCAGAACCCUUAAACGGGGCUGUGGAAGGCUACGUAAAGCCUCCAAGACCACCACCGGCUAAAAAUAGCAGUCCGUCUAAGCCAACUGUAAGUCAUACUAAUGCACUUCUAUUUUCUAAAUUGAAUUAA